ACCGCUUUUGAUCGCGGUUUCUUUUCGACACAGCGACCUUCAACGGUAUAACCGCAGCCAUUAUGAAAAAACCGCGGCGAUCAGCGGUAUCUGUUUCAAAGUUUUCUCGUGGGUAAUCACUAUAAAUAGAUCAUACAGCGAAAUUGCUAAAAAAGCUCUUCAUUUGUCGGUUUAAUAUGUGAGAGGACAGAUACUAACAAAAUGAAUCUGUGCUAAUGCCAUGCAUGAGACGAACUUCGGCUACUCUUUUGUUUUUAAUCAUGUCAGCUGUCGUUCUACACGUUUCAUGCAGAUAAUCCUGCCGGUUGUGAUGCACAAUAUCCAUCGUUAUCUUCCUCAGGUAGCGAUAGUUCAUUUUGGAUGAUAUUUCAUUCAUUCGAUUUCAAUUUUAUCUUACUGUCAGAUACCGCCAUUCGAACAUAG